CUAGGUCUUAACUACUGACGUGUCUCAAUGACGUCGGGAAAGAUGGAUACUGGUUUCAAAGAUUUAGUCAGUAGUCUACCAGACGCUCUUCUCUGCCAUGUUUUGUCCUUUCUUUCCACAAGAGAUGCUGCUUUGACUUCAGUUCUCUCCAAGAGGUGGAGGUAUCUAUUGGCUUUUGUACCGAAUCUGGAUUUUGAUAACUCCAUCCAUGACAAUCUUGAAAUGGGUAGUAGAAAAAGGCUACAGAGGCGUCAAAGUUUUAAGGUUUUUGUUGACAGAAUAAUGGCUUUGCAAGGGAAUGCUCCAUUAAACAAAUUCUCUCUAAUUUGUGAAACUGAUUCUGAUCCAUCUAGUGUUGAUGGUUGGAUAAUCAAUGCGUUGGAGCGUGGUGUUGUGGAUCUUGAUCUAUACAUCUCUCCAGACUAUGGUUAUCCCCUGCCUUCAAAGGUCUUGAUCAGCAAGACAUUGGUUAGGCUAAAAGUAGAAGGUACAAUCUACUUCACCCCUGAUGUGGGAGAGGUUUUUCUUCCAAAGCUCAAGACCUUGUAUCUUGAUGAUGUUACAUUCGAAGAUAGUGGUGCUGUCUUUGCAAAGCUAAUUUCUGGCUGUCAUUUACUAGAGGAGUUAGUCAUGAUUGGUGUGAUAUGGGAUUCUUGGGAUUCUUGCUCUGUAUCUAGCCCAACCCUCAAGAGACUAAAACUCUGUUGUGAUUACAUUGAAGAGAAUCCAAAGAGUGUUUCAUUUGAUACUCCAAGUCUUGUCUACUUUGAAUUUACUAAUACUGUUGCGAUCAAGUAUCCAAAAGUGAAUUUUGACUCGCUUGUUGAAGCUAGUGUCGAUCUUCGAACCACACUGUAUCAGAACGAGCCAGCAGGAGAUUCAUCCGAUGCAACAGGUUUCUUUGUGGGAAUACGCAAUGUUGAGAUCCUUUCCUUAUCUGCUGCCACUUUUGAGGUACUUACUAUCUGCUGCAAAGUAAUACCGGUCUUCAAGAACUUGAUUCAUCUAACCAUCGAGACUGACCGAAAAGUAGGAUGGGAAAUUUUGCCGAGUCUACUCGUAAACUGUCCAAAUCUUGAGACCCUUGUCUUCGAAGGACUCCAUUACAAAGAUACAAAUCAGAGUGAGGAUGCGAGAUACUGUUUCAAAGAUGGAAACAAAUGUUGGGAGAACCAUGAGGGAAAUUGCGUUGGAACACCUUGGGAAGGCACUCCUACUUGCUUCUCAUCAAGUCCGGUGAAGAUGCUAAAGGUACUCAAGUUUGGAGAAAUGUUUAGUUAUGAAGAUGACAUAGAAAGGCAACUGGAGGUGAUCAAGUACUUCUUGGAGACAAUGCCGAAUCUCGAAGAAGUGAUAUUACACUAUAAUACUCCAUAUGACGAAGAUGUGAGUAUGGUAUCAGGCGUACUUCAAUUGCUUGGAAACCUAGCCUCACCUAAAUGCAAGAUCCAAGUAAUCUCUGAUAACAUCAGCUUCUCAUCUACUCUGCACUCUUCCUCCUCAACAAGUGGACUCUUCUUCCUUAGAAACACCUUUCCGGUUUAAAGAUUGUUCCUCUUUCCAUCUCAGAGAAGAUUAGGAAAGCUUUGGUUUGUUAAGUUUUAGCUUAAAACAACAAUAACUGGUGGUAUGUAGUUUG